AUGUUUAUUAAAGUCGUUGAUUUUGACGUGAAUAAAUCUCAAUAUUUUUUAGUUUUUAUUUAUAAAACAACAAAGGAUUUUCAGCUGCUUUGAUCAGAGAGCUUGGAAAACGUCGUCUUAAAAAUAAAUAGUUCAUUCCGUGUGAUAGAGCCGGAAUAGAAAACAAGCAACGUGGAUAAGUUGAACCUGCCUAUCUUUGAUGUGAUCGCUAUAAAAACAUGAUGGAGGAACUGUUGCAAAUCAUUGUAUUAAUUGCGGUUUGUAUGCUGCCUGCAAAUAAAGUCUGUUCACUUAAUGAGGAAGAAACAUGUCAUUCAUAUGGACCGAGUGUCUAUCCAGCUGGAUCGAAAUCGGACAGUCAUCAAUUACAAUACACAAAAGCAGUUAUCUCAAAGCCAGCUCCGCUCUUCGAAGGAACAGCGGUCAUAAAUGGUGAAUUUACACAACUCUCACUAACUGAUUACAUCGGCAAAUACGUUGUGUUUUUCUUCUAUCCACUUGAUUUUACGUUUGUUUGUCCAACGGAAAUUUUGGCAUUCUCCGAUCGUAUUGAUGAGUUCAAAAAAAUCAACACCGAAGUAAUUGCGUGCAGCGUUGAUUCUCACUUCACCCAUUUAGCAUGGAUAAACACACCUCGCAAGGAAGGUGGUCUCGGUAAAGUCAAAAUUCCACUAUUGAGUGAUCUAUCUCACAAAAUUGCGAAAGAUUACGGUGUUUAUCUUGAUGACUUGGGUCAUUCACUUCGUGGUUUGUUCAUCAUUGAUCAUAAUGGCAUUCUCAGACAAAUAACGAUGAACGACUUACCGGUGGGCCGAGACGUUGAUGAGACCUUACGUCUAAUUCAAGCAUUCCAAUACACAGAUUCACAUGGUGAAGUAUGUCCGGCAGGUUGGCGUCCGGGCGCCGAUACGAUUGUUCCAACUCCAAAGGAGAAAACCAAGUACUUUUCGAAAAACAAUUAAAUUUAAAUGAGUGAAAGGCUGGUGACUGAGCACUAAGAGCUGAAAUCCAUGACGUUCAGUCCGAUCAACAUGGUAGUCUAGUGAAUUAAUAACAUUUCCAAAAAUGUACCAUUCUAAUUUUAUACAAUUGGAUCUCACUCAAAUAUUCAUUUCCCAGACUUUUGAACAUACAUAUUUUUUUUUUUGAAUAAAUUUAAAUAGAAAAAUGAGACAGGGAGUUAUUUAAUCAGAAUUUGGAACUUUUAAAUAAAAUAUGACAACAUAAGGUUGAAAUGAAUGCUGAAUAACCGCAAAUAAAUAAACUAUGACUAAUUGAUGUUGAAGAAGAAAGCAUAUGUGGAUACGGAAA